AUGAAGCAAUCGGGUUCAAAGACGAGCCCCAGCCACCAUCCGCCAAACUCCUCAAGGCUUACCAGCCAACCGGAAGAGCUCCCAAAUUACAUGAAGUCGACCAUUAGUGCUUAUGCAAGAAGAGAUCGAUCAAAGGUUAGUACAGCGAGGCAGACCCCUCGAAAGAGUCCUGAUCAUUCAAGUUCCCACAUAACAAAUUCCACAAAGUCUUGCUCAACCUAUAGGCAAGAAUUAACAUUGGAGAAAAAAAGCAAUACCUUAGAUGUCAUGUGUGGAAGUUUAGAAGUAGUGCGAGCAACGUGUUCCUCGAGUUUGAAAGGUAGCAAGUUUCCUGCUUAUCUCGAGGGAGGAGCAGGAUUGCAGGGGACCUCAGGUUUGAAGGUUUGCCCACGCAGUUACUGUUCUUUAAAUGGGCAUCUUCGCGCACUUGUUCCCCCUUUGAAGUGCUUCGUACCAGCAAGGAGACGUGAGCUCAAAGCUAAGAGGAGCAGCAAGAUGACAUGUCAAACGCCAAAUGCAGCAUCUACUGGAACCAAGUGCAAAGCUAUCAAACACGAUAAGGAAUAUAUGGAGGAUGAGUGCAAUCAGUUAGAGAACUUCAACAGAGCAAGCACUAAGGAUUCAAGAAAUGAGCCUUUGAAUUCCAUUGAAGACGAAUGGAGCAUAGUUCAUGAAUUGAAUCCCAGAAACAAGGCAAUGCCAGAAACUGAAGAUGAAAGAUCAACGCGAGCUACAGUCAAAAGCGAGAAGUCUAAUCAGGAAUCUGAGGAGCCGCUGGAACACAACCAAGGAGCGGAAAAGGUUAUCUUGAGGCAUCAAGAACCGGAGGCAAGGAAAAACGCGGAGGAAUGGAUGGUGGAUUAUGCACUCAGAGAAGUGGUCACAAAAGGCAGUACACAUAACCAGAGAAAAGUCAUGUUGCUUGUAGACGCGUUCGAGAGAGUACUGCCAACAAGCAAACAUUAA